AUCGUAGGAAUUUUACACCAAUGUUAGCUAACUCACCAACUCUCUUGUAAAUAUGUUUUUGGUAUUUGAUACCCACUACCAUCAGGAUAUCGAGAUCGAAAGUCACAAGUUGAAUUCUCGAAAAUGCAGACGAUGUGAAGGAGGUUGUAUUGAAUGAUGUGGACUAUAAUGAGGAGUAAGGAAAGGUACGAAGUGACUCGACUGAAAGGAAAGGGAUUUUAUCUUCAUAUUUUGAUUAUUUUAAUUUGAGUUUAAUAAUUAAUUAUAUUUUUUUAUGGUUAAUUAAUUAUAUUUAUGUUUAUCUUAUAAAAAGAGAAUAAUUAUUUUAAAAUAGCAACCAUAAUGUCAUUGGUGUAUAUAUUGCAUAUCGAAAUGCAGUAUUAAAUGCGUAGAAGCGAUGCAAAAUUCUUGACAUAUACUUAAAUUUUAUAACUAUUAUAAAGUAACAAUAUUUUUGAACACAGAACUUUUGAGUGAAUAUGAGGAACAUGAAUCUUUAAGAGAAGCGUAAAUAUGGAAAUGUUGAGUGACGUUGGUUUGUUGAACGCGGAUGGAAACGAUGCAACUAAUAUAAACGGGUCUAAAUAAUGUCUCAUCCUACUAAGCGCUCAAUUAUCGCCGACUUUCCAAACCUUUCCACCGGACUUGACAACCGCCUAACCUCAUCCACCUAUAUUGUUAUGCCAGAGAAAUUUUUGGAGGGGUAAAUAUCAAAAUGUUGGGUGUUCUUGUUUGGAGAGCUUACUGGUGGGUUAUUUAGUUUCUUUGAUAGUAAUGUGUGAUCUCUUAACAAUCAAUUCAUUUGGUGGAUCUUCUAGAUUGACUUUUGAGUUGAUUAAAGAUACAGAGCUAUACUCUUUGUUGCUUUAGUUAUGAUACUCCUUUUCAGUAUCAUCAUUUUCCUAAUUUGAAAUGUUUUUGUGGUUAGUUUCGUGUAAGCAAAAGCUCUACUGAUUAGUGUUAACAUAGUGAAUAGCUUCAAUCAUACCAUUUUUACACAGCUUUUAUAUGUAAGAGCUGAGAUCGUUGCUAAAUUGAACUAUUCAACUUAUAAUGUUGAUCUUCAACAUAUAAAACAUGGUUUCUUUUGAGUGAAAUAACCUCAUGAUUGCAUAUAAUUUUUUACAAAAUGAUGUUUCGUGAUAGUUGUCACUUGCUUCCAGAUUUAAAAGUGGAGUUCUAAUUACUACUUUGUAAAAAGCACGAGUGAUAGCCAUAAUUGGAGCAGAUACAAGGUGGUUGAUAUUCUUCUCUCUACAAGGAAUAAAUACAUGGUGAGCAUGUGUUGUCAUGGGAAGGACAAACCGAACUUUUUGUGUUUGUAUUAUAGUCUGUUGAAAUAUACACAUGUCUAGACCCGACUGAUUGGACACCUCCACCUGGAAUUUUAUUGAUGGAAUUUAUGCUCAUCAAAACCGCAUGUCAAGUAAACUCCCUUCUUAAUCCUUCUGUUUUUCUUAAUCUGCACAUGCACACCCUCAUAGGAAACAUGUACAUAAUUGUAAUUCAGGUGCUUCAUUAGUAUUGUUUCCAUAAGAUUGUUUUAUCUGAGGUGGCUGUUAAGGAAUUAUGAGUCGUGAUUGUAUCUCCUCUCUAAGAAAUUGUCAAGUUAAGAUAUGAAAGAGAUUAACCUAAACUUCCUCUUUAAUUUAGAUGGUAAGACCGUAAGAGAGCAAGGAUCCACGUCAAAUUGAUUGGGGGUUGAUGAGACCUAGGAAAUGGUUUAGACUUCUUCACAACAACACAAGAUCAUGAUAGUAUCUCGACCAAAACAAUUUUUGUUGUCAUGCUUGAUGUUGAUACAAAAUGUUUACCUAGAGGAGAGCCCCCACCAAGUUAGCUCUUGGAGUUGCUGUGUAAAAAUGGGUAAGGUUGAAACGGUUCAUACAAAAGACCAUACUAUGAGCAUGUAGAACGCGUUGGUAGAGAUAGCCGCCAAUCUCAUUUUAUUGACGAAGCCACCAAGGAGAAGAGAUGAAUCUCCACUGGUACUCUAAAUUUUUUACAAGGCUAUUAUACUGAUCAUUUCACUCAUGGUGGAGUAAGAGAGGACCAAUCAGUGUGUUUGUUGUCGAGAAUGAUAAUAAUCGUGAUAGUAAAGAGGUUACAUGACGAUUGACUUAUACAAAUUAAAGAAGGGUUAUAGGUAUAAUAUGCCCCUCUACUAUGACGUUUUAUCAAACAUGCCUCUCUACUAUUUUUUACAUCAAACAUGUCCCUGUAAUUUGGAAAAAUUAUCAAACAUGCCCUUUAGUUGAAAUUUCCAUUGAAAAAAUCGUCAAUCAUGGUUGAACCAAGAUUUAGAUGACCUAACAUCGAUAAAUGAGAGGGGAAAUAUCAGUUUUGACACUUGUUUUAUUUCUCUAGGUCUCGUCAAAGUGAAAUUAUUUGAAUUAUUUGGCUAUACAAAAGAAUAAAAAAAAACUCUAAAGUGAAAUUAUUAGGGAUAUUUUAGAUAUUUGGGUCGCCCAAACCAAAGUUCGGUCUUGGUUAACGGUUUUGUAUGAAAAUUUUAACAAAAGGGCAUGUUUGAUAAGUUUUCCAAAAUACAAGGGCAUGUUUGAUGUAAAACCUAGUAGAAGAGCAUGUUUGAUAAAACGUCAUAAUAGAGGGGCAUAUUAUACCUAUAACUCAUUAAAGAAAUAGUAAGUACAGAGCUGAAAGUCAUAUUAUUAUGGUGUUGUUGACUUAAUGAGCCCGAGUAUCCAUUUUCGUGACUACUUUCCUCUGUUUUCAGAACCGGACCGGUGGCUGAACCGAAAAAGUUAGUGGUUUAAGGGUUCACCGGUUAACCGUUGGUGAACCGUUGAUAGAACCGUUAAUGAUAUAUAACAUAUAAGACUGGUAUAUUACACUAAUUUAAGAAUGAAAUUAUCAUUGACCAUAAACAAGGUCAAAUUCAUAUCAUCACGAAAAUAUCUAAUAAAUCAUUCCAACCAUCUCACAAAAGAAACCACAUUUUUUAAUUCAAAUUAAAAAUUACGGUUCUAGUUGGUAGUAGACAAUGUAAAUCGACAAUAAGGUUGAUGAAGCAUAUAUAAAAUUAAUAAUUAUGAUUUGAUGGUCUUAGUUUAUGUUAAAAUAGUGAACCAAUGGAUCAGUUAAACCGUGUCGGUUCAUCUGAUUUUAUGUUGAACCGUGAAAAACCGUUUGGUCCAUCAAUAACCGUUCAAACAAUGAACCGGACCGCUAUCAUAACUGGUUUGACGGUUCUACUGGCCCGACCGUUGAUCCGGUCGAUUCUUAUAACAAGGCUACUUUCGUCCAAUGAGCUGGGUGAUAAGCUAGCAAAGAGAACAAGAAAAGUGGAAAGUAUGUGUAAAUGACGAUAACACCCCUUCCUUCCUCUUCCUUUUCCCGGACCCCUGCCCUCUCUCCCUCGCCGGCUCGCCGCUCCUCUCCCUCUCGCUCCUCUUACUCUCUGUCGAGUGUCGACGGUUUAAAACAUGAAAUGGGGGAGAAUCCCGUCCCCUCUCCAAGUUUGUGAGACCAGUUCACUCAAGGCUUUGCGAUUCUCCAAGUUACCCUGUAAUAGUUUUACGGCAAGCAAUUGGGUCUUCUCCUGCUCCACUAACCCCAAUACUCUUCUUCGACUGGUGAAGAUCGCGCAAAACCUAUCAUAAUGCUGUUUCCUAACCUGCGAAGAGCUUAUGGCUGUGCUUGUUCUUCAGUUACCCAUGUUGUUAAUUCGUCUCGGCUGCUUUCCACUCCGUUCUCUCACCCUGCGCGCUUCAGGAAGCCGAUCUGGCAACCCCAGAAGUUCCAACCCUUUUCAUCUCCAUCCAGAGCGUUAAUUGGGUUCUGUUUACCCCGACGUAAUUCAUGGGAAUUCAGAUACUUGAGUAGCUACGGGUCGGUGAACCUGGUGAUAUCGGAUGGGAAGCCCAAAUUUGAGACUCGUGAGGUUGAUCCUCCUAAAAAGGACAAAUGGCUGACCAAGAAGAGGCUGAAGCUGCAAAGGAAGAGGGAAAAGGACAGGAGAAAAGCUGCUAAUAGGAAAGACCCUCGUACCCUCACCGUGAAGAGGGAUAGGAAGAAGAGAUUUGCUAAUGCAGAGGAGAGAAUCAAGUACAAGCUUAGGCGGGCAAGAAUGAAGGAGGCAGCACUAAUUGAGAGACUGCAGAGGUAUGAAGUUCCCAAAGCUCAAGGUCCCGAGGUUAGACCGCAUAAGCUCACUGGUGAAGAGCGGUUUUUCCUCAAGAAGGUGGCACAGAAGAAGUCGAAUUAUGUUCCGAUUGGCCGGAGAGGAGUGUUCGGAGGUGUCAUCCUUAAUAUGCAUAUGCAUUGGAAGAAGCAUGAGACCGUGAAGGUUAUUUGCAAUUCAUGCAAACCUGGUCAGGUUCAUGAGAUUGCUCAGGAGAUUGCGAGGCUGAGUGGUGGGAUCCCUAUACAUAUAAGUGGUGAUGAUACCAUUGUGUUCUAUCGAGGGAAGAAGUAUGUUCAGCCAGAAGUUAUGUCACCAAUUGACACAUUGUCAAAGAAGAAGGCACUGGAGAAAUCAAAGUAUGAGCAAUCACUCGAGUCCGUCAGACGCUUCAUUGCUAUAGCCGAGAAGGAACUCGAGCUCUACUACAGGCAUAUCGCACUCUAUGGUGACCCAAAUAGUAGGAAUCCAAUCUCCAUAUUGGACGCACCGCCACAAGACUCCAGAGACCUGGGAAAGAGGAGCUACGAUUCUGCUAGGGAUUUCGGGACAGAUGCUGAUUGCAGUAGUGAAGAAGCACUAUCCGAAGAAAUGGAAACUGAUUUUGACGAUGCUGAUUGGAGUAGUGAAGAAGAACAAUCAGAUUCUGGAAAAUCAUAAUUUUGAUGGCCUAGUUUUAGGAUUCGAUUUGACAUGAUGUGAUUUACCGGCUGGCCUGGUUUUCAUCUGCAGUGAUUAUAUAGUGAAUUCUGUAUAUACCUUUUCCACAACUAGUUUUCAUCCAGAGGGGCUGUUUUUUUUUUCUUUUUCUUCUCCUGCAAGAAUAUUUUUGUACCUCAAUGGUAAAACAGAAAGAAAAGUAGUUGGUGCCCUCGCGUACUAAAGUGUUAAUGAAGUGAUGAAAAUGGC